AUGCUGAGUAUGGUUUCAAACUGUCCUGAUAAACUUUAUCUUCCUCUAAAACACAUUCUUUAUUCAAUGAAUAAUAACAAAACUAUUAGUCCUGAAGAAAAAGAAAAACAGAGAAAAGGAUUUCAAAUUAUCUGUGUAGUCAUUUUGGCAAUCUAUUUUAGAUCAUUUAUUUACUCAUUAAUAGAAUCAACUUUCAGCAAUACAAUGCUUUACUUAAAGUUAGGAACAUUGUUGGCUGUUUUUGCCUAUCUUACAAACCCAUCAAUCAAAUCAUUACAUGACCUUGUUCACAAACAUGCUGACAAAAAGGGUGCUUUCCAUGGAUUUUUCUCUAGAGUACUAACAAAGAUUGGCCCAGCUCUUGGAAGCUAUACAGUAAAAAACUUCUAUGUCUUUACAUUGAUAGUACAAGAUAAACUCAUCAUAGGUAAUCCAAAAGUUUUAGCCAUUGGAGCAUUUGGAAAUUGGUGGAGUCCAAGCAAAAUACAACAAGAAAUGAUUGACGCUCAAAAAAAAGGCAAAAAAGUAGCAAACCAAAGCACACCUAAAGAGAGCUUUUUAAAUAAAUAA